AUGGCAAUUCGGCAGUUGGCCCUCUGCCUUAAUCUCAAUGUGCCUGAUGGGUACGUCCGGAGACACCGCACAAAAGAAAUUUUACACAGCGUGAAUGGCAGACUUCGGCCUAAACAGUUAAUUGCUAUUAUGGGGCCAUCAGGCGCGGGAAAAUCCACAUUACUAGAUGUCCUCUCUGGAUACAGAAUAUCUGGAGUUGGUGGCUCUAUAUUUAUUAAUGGAAGGGAUAGAAAUAUGAAGCGCUUCAAGAAAAUGUCAUGUUAUAUUCAGCAAGACGACCGAUUGCAAGGAUUACUUACAGUCAGCGAAAAUAUGACGUUAGCUGCUGAUCUCAAACUGCCCACUAAACUAGACAAAUAUGAAAAAGGAGAAGUGAUAGAAGAUAUUCUUACAAAUCUCGGUCUGUAUGAACAUAUGCAUACCAGAGGCGCCCAGCUUUCCGGUGGUCAAAGAAAACGUCUUUCAAUUGCCUUAGAACUCAUAAACAACCCUCUAGUCAUGUUCCUCGAUGAGCCUACAACGGGUCUAGACAGUUCAUCCUGCACGCAAGUGGUGCAACUAUGCCAAAGCCUUGCACACCAAGGCAGGACCAUAGUAUGCACAGUGCAUCAACCAUCGGCUUCACUGUUCGCUGUUUUUGAUGCCGUGUAUGUCUUGGCAUCAGGUCAAUGUCUGUACCAGGGUACCACUAAGAAUCUUGUACCGUAUGUGGAAGAAGCUGGAAUACCUUGCCCAAUUUAUCACAACCCAGCCGAUUAUGUUAUUGAAAUUGCAUCCGGAGAGUACGGCGAGGAUAAAUUAGAACUUCUCACAAAAAAGAUAGAUAAUGGCAAAGCUCAUAACUGGUUUGAUGAUCAUGAGUCUCUACCAACAAUGGAGUCUCUAAGAAAACUAUAUCCAUUAAGCGCUCUGAAGGAAAUAGAUGAAAGCUCAGGUUCAGAAGAAACGUCACAGGCGAAUCAAAGAUCUGUACUUAUUCGGCGAGGGUUCUUGAAGGCGAAGCGAGAUGCUACAAUGACCCACUUACGUAUUAUGGUCAACAUAGUGGUGGGUAUCAUGUUGGGGACGCUCUUCAUCAACGCUGGCAAUGAGGGCUCUCGAGUUCUGGAUAACUACAAUCUGCUCUUCGCUAUUUUAAUGCAUCAUAUGAUGUCACCAAUGAUGCUUACGAUACUCACGUUCCCAUCAGAGAUGUCUAUCUUACUUAAGGAGCAUUUUAAUAGAUGGUAUUCUUUGGGGUCCUACUACGUAUCUGUGACCAUCGUGGAUUUGCCAAUAUCUAUAUUUUCAUGCGCAAUAUUCAGCGUGAUCGUGUACAUUAUGUCGUCCCAGCCACUGGAAAUAACACGAUUCGCGAUGUUCUUCACAAUAUCACUACUCACAGUUCUAGUAGCACAGAGUUUCGGUCUUAUGGUGGGCGCCGUGUUUAAUGUUGUUAACGGCACCUUCCUUGGACCAACUCUCUCUGUACCAAUGAUGAUGUUCGCUGGCUUUGGAGUGACUUUACGUGACCUUCCGCCAUACCUUUACUGGGGAUCCUACGUGUCCUACUUACGAUACGGCCUCGAGGGCUACAUCAGCGCCAUUUACGGCCUCAACAGACAGACUCUAGCCUGUGAUGAGGCUGAAUACUGUCAUUAUAAACACCCCAAAGUGUUCCUCAAGGAUGUAGCAAUGGACCCAAAUAUGUUUUGGUGGGACACCGCCGCUCUUACAACCAUACUCCUAGUAUUACGUACCGCAGCGUUCCUUCUUCUUAGGUGGAAACUUAGCGCCGUGCGAUAA